AUGGCGGCAGGGACCCUGUACACAUAUCCAGAGAACUGGAGGGCCUUCAAGGCUCAAAUAGCAGCCCAGUACAGUGGCACUUCACUGAAGAUCGCCAGUAACCCCCCUGCCUUCACCUUUGGGCAGACGAACCGUUCUCCUGCCUUCCUAAAUAACUUCCCCCUUGGCAAGGUACCUGCUUACCAGGGAGAUAACGGCUUCUGUCUGUUUGAGAGUAAUGCCAUUGCUCAUUACUUGGGCAAUGAUGCACUCCGUGGUGCCACCCCUCAGGCUGCAGCCCAGGUGCUGCAGUGGGUUAGCUUUGCUGACUCUGAGAUCAUACCUCCAGCCAGUGCAUGGGUUUUCCCCACUCUUGGAAUCAUGCAAUUCAACAAACAGGCCACAGAGCAGGCAAAGGAGGAUGUGAAGAGGGUCCUGACUGUGCUUAACCAGCACCUGAACACUCGUACCUUCCUGGUGGGAGAGCGCAUAAGUCUAGCAGAUAUCACUGUUGCCUGCUCCAUGCUUUGGCUUUACAAACAGGUGCUGGAGCCUUCAUUCCGUCAGCCUUACACCAACGUUAACCGCUGGUUCACCACUUGCAUUAACCAGCCUCAAUUCAAGGCUGUGCUUGGAGAUGUUAAACUGUGUGAAAAGAUGGCCCAGUUUGAUGCCAAGAAGUUUGCAGAGAUGCAGCCAAAGAAAGAAACUCCUGCAAAAAAAGAAAAAGGUGGUAAGGAAGCCAAGCCCCAGGAAAAAAAAGAGAAAAAGGAAAAGAAGGAAGAAAAGAAACCUGCCCCAGAAGAAGACGACGACAUGGAUGCAGCAGAUGCAGCAUUGGCUGCAGAGCCGAAGUCAAAGGACCCCUUUGCUGAAAUGCCCAAAAGCGCAUUUAUUAUGGAUGAGUUCAAAAGGAAGUACUCUAAUGAAGACAUUGAGAAGGUGGCUAUUCCAUACUUCUGGGACCACUUCGAUCGUGAAGGCUAUUCCAUCUGGUAUUGCGAUUACAAAUUCCCCCAGGAUCUAACUUUGACCUUCAUGAGCUGCAACCUCAUUGGAGGUAUGCUUCAGCGUCUGGAUAAAUUGAGAAAGAAUGCCUUUGCCAGUAUGCUCCUGUUUGGUACCGCCAAUAACCAUGCAAUCUCUGGACUUUGGAUCUGGAGAGGCCAAAACUUGGCUUUUGAGUUGUCGCCUGACUGGGGAAUAGACUAUGAAUCUUACAAUUGGCGCAAACUGGACCCUGCGAGUGACGAGUGCAAGCUGAUGGUGAAGGAGUACUUUCUCUGGGAGGGAGAUUUCAAACAUAUGGGGAAACCUUUCUGUGAUGGCAAGAUCUUCAAGUGA